AUGCCGAUACAGGUGAAAGGUUCUGGUCCCCGAAGUGUUAGUGGAGGUGAUGCUGAUGAUGAUGAUGAUGAUGACGAUAAUUAUGACUCUCCAUUAACGUUACAUACCCUUGGAGAUGGAUAUAUGCCAUUACAGUUGGAAGGGUCUGGUACCCGAAGUGGUGGUGGAGGUGAUGAUGAUGAUGAUGAUGUUGAUGAUGUUGAUGAUUACGAUCACCAUUAUCAUUACAUACCCCUGAAGAUGGAUGGCUGCCAAUACUGGUGGAAGGAGGGUGAAGGGUCUGGUCCUCGAAGUGGUGGUGGAGGUGAUGAUGAUGAUGAUAAUGAUGAUGAUGAUGAUGAUGAUGAUGAUGACAAUGAUCACGAUUCUCCAUUAACAGUACAUACCCUUGAAGAUGGGUUGUUGCCGAUACAGGUGGAAGGGUCUGCUCCCCGAAGUGGUGGUGAAGGUGAUGACGAUGAUGAUGAUGAUGAUGACGAUGAUUACGAUGGAUUAACGCCGAUACAGGUGGAAGGGUCUGGGCCCCAAAGUGGUGGUGGAGGUGAUGAAGAUGAUGAUGAUGAUGAUGAUUCUGAUUCUCCAUUAACAUUACAUACCCUCGAAGAUGGAUUGAUGCCAAUACAGGGAACUUUGCAUGGUCCCGGAAGUGGUGGUGGAGGUGAUGAAGAUGAUGAUGAUGAUGAUGACGAUGAUUGCGGUUCGCCAUUAACAUUACAUACCCUCGAAGAUGGAGUGAUGCCAAUACAGGUUGAAGGGUCUGGUCCCCGGAGUGGUGUUGGAGGUGAUGAUGAUGAUGACGAUGAUGAUGAUGAUGAUGACGAUGAUUACGGUUCUCCAUUAACAUUACAUACCCUCGAAGAUGGAUUGAUGCUGAUACAGGUGGAAGGGUGGUCCCGGAAGUGGUGGUGGAGGUGGAAGGGUGGUCCCGGAAGUGGUGGUGGAGGUGAUGAUGAUGAUGAUGAUGAUGAUGAUGAUGAUGACAAUGAUUACUAUUUUCCAUUAACAUUACAUACCCUCGAAGAUGGAUUGAUGCCGAUACAGGUGGAAGGGUGGUCCCGGAAGUGGUGGUGGAGGUGA